UCCGAACAAGAUUGGAGCAAUUGUCGCCAACGGUCGACACAAUAUUCACACCCAACUGUCAAUCAGACAAAACAAUCAUUGCCAUUGCAAAAUCAAUUGAUUGAUUAGUCGGCUGCCUACCUACACAAUAUCCUAUCCCACAGCUUCGCGACCCACCAUGUCUCUCACGCGGCCGUCGCGAGAGUUCCUCCAUCUUCCCCGCCAAUUGGCGAGGACGACGUCACGAUCUCGACCAUCCUCGACCACCAACAACACCGCAAUUACCACCAACCAGACACGCCGCAUCAGCACGCUGCCGCAAGCCAGACCAAGCCGACAGACAGCAGCCCCCACUCAACCCCCGAUCCGCCAAACCCGCACGGUAGCAACCUUCACGCCGCCCUUUCAAGCCGGUGCCGUGUCGCGCAUCGAGACCAAUGUCGACCCGACGUCGCCCGAGUUCCGCGAGAACGAGGCCAGCAUGGCCGAGCUCAUGACCCGUCUCGACACGCUGACCCGCAAGGCGCAGCAGGGAGGUAGCGACAAGGCCAAGGAGAAGCACAUCGCCAGGGGCAAGAUGCUGCCGCGCGACAGAAUAGCUGCAUUGAUCGACCCAGGCUCGUCCUUCAUGGAGCUUAGCGCCUUGGCUGCUCACGAGGUCUAUCCCGAAGCCGAUGUGCCUGCCGCUGGCAUCAUCACUGGCGUGGGCGUCGUCGAGGGUGUCACCUGUAUGAUUGUUGCCAACGACAGUACCGUCAAGGGCGGAACAUACUAUCCAAUGACGGUCAAGAAGCACUUGAGGGCACAGGCUGUGGCUCAGGAAAAUAGGCUGCCGUGCAUCUAUCUCGUGGACUCGGGCGGCGCCAACCUUCCACAUCAGGCUGAUGUGUUCCCCGAUCAAAACCACUUUGGCCGCAUAUUUUACAACCAGGCCCGUAUGUCUUCUCAAGGAAUUCCUCAAAUCGCGGUGGUCAUGGGUCCUUGCACAGCAGGAGGAGCGUAUGUUCCUGCCAUGAGCGACGAGAGCAUCAUUGUAGGCAACCAGGGCCAUAUCUUCCUUGCUGGGCCGCCCCUUGUCAAGGCGGCUACUGGCGAAGUUGUCACACCAGAGGAGCUGGGAGGUGGCGAGAUGCACUCUUCAGUGUCUGGAGUUACCGACUACUUGGCAGUGGACGAUGCACAUGCCCUGGUUCUUGCUAGGCGAUGCGUCAGCAACCUAAACUGGCCUAGCAGCGAGUCGAAGUCUUCUCCGGAACCUUCAUAUGAGGAGCCCCUCUAUCCGGCAGAAGAGCUUCUGGGCAUUGCGUCACCUAACCUCCGCAAGCCCCUACCGAUUCGCGAAGUGAUAGCCCGCAUAGUCGAUGGAUCGGCCUUUUCCGAGUUCAAGAGGGACUAUGGCACGACACUGGUCACAGGUUUUGCGUCCAUCUACGGCCAAAAAGUCGGUAUCGUAGCCAAUGACGGUGUGCUGCUCGGCACUUCGGCCGUCAAGGGCGCACACUUUAUUGAGUUGUGCGCCCAACGCGGAGUCCCUCUCGUGUUUUUGCAGAACAUCUCUGGCUUCAUGGUCGGAAAGGAGGCUGAACGUGAUGGUAUUGCCAAGCACGGUGCCAAACUGGUCACUGCAGUGGCGUGCGCUGAUGUACCCAAGUUUACGGUCGUAGUUGGCGGUAGCUACGGCGCCGGAAACUACGGCAUGUGCGGAAGGGCAUACAGCCCUCGCUUCAUGUGGCUGUGGCCCAAUGCGCGUGUUGGCGUCAUGGGUGCCGAGCAGCUUGCUGCAGUCAUGGAGACGGUCGGAAAGCCAGACCCGGAGCUGAAGGACAGGAUCGAGAGGGAGACUGACGCCGUCUUUUCGAGUGCUCGAUUAUGGGAUGACGGUGUUAUCCCGCCUCAACACACACGCAGGUAUCUUGGCUUGGGCCUACGGGCCGCCAUGUCGGGUCGCAAUGAGGUCAAGCCCGGCGACACCAAGUUCGGCGUGUUCAGGAUGUAGAUCACGGCCACCGCCGUGCUGCUGGUGAGCAUCGCGGUGUAUUACCGCGCCGGGCGGGAACGCAAACCAGACAGGGUAUUGAUCAAUGGCGGCGUCUGAUGGGCGAUUUUCAUUUGGCAACCAUGGGCGAAUAAUUAUAUGCAAGACGGUUUCAAACACAAAAUUGAGUAUUGGAAAAUGGUGUGGCAGCUCCACUUUCAGCCACUGUCAAAACUGACCAGGAUGUUGAAAUCGACGCUACUGCACGCUAGCGAAAUGCUUCUUGGACUUUUCAGAAACCGAGAAGCCGAAGAGAGGCCCGAAUCGUCUGGACCGGGCUUUGAGCUUAUUCAAAAGCAAAUGUGAUAACUGUAGUGGGAGCGACCAUGCCGGGAAGCAGCAGGUCACCGAGACUGUGGGAUUGCUUUUGCAUGUACAUUAUAGUCAUGUCGACGGAGUAACGUGCCCAGUUUACAUGCCCUUGUUUGUAUGGCAGACUCUCGGAGCGCGGAGGCUGCUGAGCAUUGUGUUUUUACUUUUCCAAGGCGUUUCUAGCAUGUACAUUCGUUUGAAAUGAGAAACAAAAAUAGAAAAAAAAGAAAACAGAAGAGAAAA